AUGCCUGUUGAAGAGGCGAAUUCAACAUGGCACCCGGCCUUUAUGCCCAAUGCUGCUCAUGACAUUCCAAGACAACCUUCAAAGAACCCCUCCGCGACGUCAACUACCGAGACCCAUGCCGAAGAUGCAUCACCGCCAGCGGCUGAUGUCUCCAAGGCAAAUCUGAACGAUGCUUCCUCGCACGAACCCAUCCAAGUCGAAUCCGAACUGGAGCAGACCAAUGCCACUGCGGAACAAGAGGCGACUGCACCAGCUGUAGAAUCCGAAGUCAUCCCCCAGCCAGCUCCGGCAGCGGCGAAAUCGACUCCCUCGAAACACCUUCCGUCAGACUCGUUUGCGCGUACUGUCGCGCAUGAGGCUAACUGGGACGGAGAUGACGAUGUAGAAUGGAGUUUGCCGGAGACUGAUGCAGACCUCUUCAAGUUCCUGGGCCCUUCAGACCGCACCAACUCGUUCCCAGUCGUACCACCCAUGCAACAAUCGGCGCAACAAGAGGCACAACGUCCGGAGCGUCUACUGCCCAUCAGUCAAGCUGAGGAGCUUAUGGCCGAACUCGAUCGCGAAGCCUCACCUGUCAAGUAUGCCGCCGAAAGCUCGGACAGAAAGCUGUUUGACGGGGAAGAUCAACCAGAGAACUCUACGUCAGACCGUUCCACAGAACAGUUCUCCCGCCGAGACGUGGCGUCUCCCACCGAUGCGGAAGCACCCGAUGCACGCUACGAGGAGGGAGUUCCUCUGAUUUCCAGGGAGCAAGCUCCAGACUACUCCAUCAAGACAACGGAAGAUAGUCACGACCCCUUUGCCGACGACACGACAGGUGAAGAUGACUUCUUUGCUCAGAUCGGUGAAUCUAGCAAACCGACCGCGGAGGACGAUGGCAGUUUCUUGCCCGAGAGGCCCCUGGAGCGCAAGUCUACGAUGCAAGUUUUGGGGACCUUGGAUGAUCUUGUUUCGCCCAGCAGGGCUGACACAGGUCUUGAGAGCAUGAUGGAGGAGUCUCCGGAAGAUAGUGAUUUCUGGAGCCAGCAGCAACCACUCGACGAAGGCCAAGAGCAGCAAGAGCCCAAGGCCGAGUCGGAUGAAGCUGCGGCUGAAGAGAAUGAGGCUGAACCUCAGGAGAAUAGCGCAGAUCUGGCCGCCAAGUGGGCUGCUGCUUUUGACGACGAGGAUGAUGAUGGGUUUAUUCUCGAUGAUCCCUCAAAGGAGGUCGACCCUGCCGCGUUCUUUGGGGAUGACGAUGACGGAUUUCUCGACGAUGCUGAAGAUACCCCUGAGCCAAACUCUGCUACGCAGGGUGCCGUGUCUACUCAACCGCCUGCACCUAAUGGAAGGUAUACUCCUGCACAGGUUACGCCAAUGAGCUCACGUCAACCCUCAAACUCCAGCCAGUACUUUCCCGGCCAAACGCCAUUUGUAGCACAGCCUGCUGGUCAGCCAUCAAGUGCAACCCCGUUUGCACCUGCCCCAGCAUUUGGUGCUCCUCCACCGCGCCCAGAAGCAAACAAAGCCGCUAGCUUUGCCGACAAAUCCAAGGGCGGCUACACUUCACCCUAUGACCUCCCGGCUGAUAUUGUCAAGCCUAGAAAACGACCGACUGUGCAGCAAAAGUCUCCGCUGGUAGGCGCAUCUCAGCCUCCGCCUGGCCCUCCUGGUGCCCGGGCAUCUUCUGCCCCUAUGUCACCACCUGCUCCAGAACGCAAUGGUCAACCAGUUUCGCCUGCAAAGCAGGCGCCCCAAAGGUCUCAGUCUGGGAGUGAGGGCUUCUUUGCAGAUCUUCCAGUUGCGCAACGUGCUAGGCCGGCAUCUCGAACCAGUCUGCACGGCAUGCCAUCGCCCCAGAUCAGCGCAACUGGUCCUCCUCAAAUCCGAGCCCAGGCUUCUCCAGGGUUUGCUCCUGGUCAGCCGCAGCCUGUCCCCACCCCGGCAGCACCCCAGACGCCCUACAGCCAACCGCCGACCAUGGCUACGCCGCCACAAGCUGGAUACGCACCUGCUGCUGCGACCUCUACCGUUACGGGCGGCCUCGUAGCACCCGAGCGUGUCAGCCCGUACGCUGCAAUGCAGUCUGGUUCCGGGACGGCACCAGUCGUACCGCCCGCAGCCGCUGGCAGCAGGUACUCGCCUGCUCCACCCGCUGCACCGGCAUCAAACAGGUACUCUCCAGCGCCGACUGGUAACCGCCCAGCAAGUGCUACUUACGCCCCGUCUCAUUCGGUAGCCGCUCCCCCAGUGCUGCCGCAUCAGCCUCGAACUUCUAGUCCGCUUGCCCACUUUGAGAUCUCGCAUGAUCGUGCUAGGUCAGCCGUCGCAGGUCAAGCAGAUGGAUCCCAUCCCGACCGCCGUGUCGCCUCUGCUAUGCACGAGCCGAGACUCAGCCGUAUGCCCUCGCUCCCUUCUACCCGUGAGGUUGAUGAAGAGGGUGUUCCUCAGUCGGGCCCUUCUCCCUUGUCUCACAGUCGCCCAUCUUCCCAAGGAGUAAUGGGACCGCCGCAGGCGCCAUCUCAAAUGUCCCAGCGGUCCAGGCAAACACCCCCUCCCCCAGUCACCAUUGCGCAGCAAAAUGCCACAUUGUCGCCGCCAAAGAGGGUAUCGAGCUACACGCCACAAUCUCAAGCACAAUCAACGCUGACACCACAUGGAUCCGAUUUUGUGCCCCCGCCGCGGUCACACACUCAGUCUCCUGGUGCAUUGUACGGCAGGGGGGCAGUGAACUCAACAGACCCAGUACCUAGGCCGUCUUCUGUACAUGAUCCUACCUCACCUCGUUCCGUCACCUCUGCCACACAUUCGUUCGUACCCAUGACACCCGCAUCGGUAUCUGCUCCUAUAUCCAUGACGUCUAGACCUCGCAGGGCCUCACAGAACCUCAACCUGGUCCCUCCUACCGAUGGCCGCGAGCAUGAUCCGUUACAGAGGUGGAAGGGCGCGCCGAUUGUCCGAUGGGGUGUUGGUGGCGCUAUUGUGACAUCAUUCCCUAAGGAUGUUCCUAGGUAUGGCAUCAACCAGACUUUGCCCAUGAUACUUCGCAGCCCAGGCGAAGUUAAGAUCAAGAGCAUGAAGGAGAUUCAACCUCUCGAGGAGCGUCUUGGAAAAUUCCCAGGCCCUCUGAGGGGCAAGUCCAAGAAGAAGGAGGUUGUAGCCUGGCUUACUACCGGUAUCGAGGAUCUGGAGAGGAACAAGCCUGUCAAUUCGUUCCACGGUCAGACCACCCUGGAAGAUAAGCGAAGUGAAGAACGGGUGCUUUUAUGGAAAAUCCUGCGACUCUUCAUUGAACACGACGGAACCCUGGAGGGCUCUUCUGCAGUUGACAAAGCUGUCCGUAACAUCCUGUCUCCUGGCCUUGACGACUCUCUAUCGGAGCCAACGACAAGCUUUGCACUGGGACAGGACUCGGCAGGUCUUCAGGGAUCAUUCGCCACGCAGAUGAAAUCUGAUGCUGUUGACUCUGCAGUCGUGGAGCAGAUUAGGAGAAGUCUGCUGGGGGGAGACCGUGAAAAGGCAGUGUGGGACGCCGCCGAUAAGCGAUUGUGGGGCCAUGCUCUGCUCAUCGCCAACACGGUAUCUCCAGACCUGUACAAGAAGGUAUCUCAAGAGUUCGUCCGAAAGGAAGUGAACUACCCUGGGCACAACAACGAGUCCUUGGCCGUCUUGUAUGAAGUCUUGUCCGGGAACCACGAGGAGUGUGUCGAUGAGCUGGUCCCUGUGCAUGCCAGAGCAGGUCUUCAACUGAUGCCUACCAACACCUUCCAAGGACAGUCUACCGAUGCCCUUGCCGGUCUUGACAAGUGGCGUGAGACGCUCGGGUUGGUUCUAAGCAACAGGAGCAACAAUGACUCUAGGGCUAUCAACUCACUGGGUAACCUCCUGGCAGGUUACGGCAGAGCAGAGGCUGCCCAUAUCUGCUACCUUUUUGCUCGCAACGCAACCGUAUUUGGUGGCUUAGAUGACCCUAACUCGCACUUUGUGCUUGUCGGCGCUGACCACAAGAGGCAGGCUGAUCAGUUCGCCAAAGAGACCGAGGCUUUGCUUCUCAGUGAGGUCUACGAGUUUGGCCUUUACCUUGGAGCUGGCGGAAACAAGGAUGUCAACUGCCCACAUCUGGCCGCGUACAAGCUGCAGCACGCCAUGACGCUCGCCGAGGCUGGGUUCCCCGACAAGGCCUUGCAGUACUGUGAGACUUUAGCCCACGCAAUCACAUCCCAGACCAGGCGCUCGCCGUACCACCACGGUGUCUUGGAGGCUGCUGUGGAGAACCUCGCCAACCGCCUCAGGCAAGCUCCCAAGGAAGAGUCGAACUCGUGGAUUUCCAAGCCCAGCAUGGGCAAAGUAUCGGACUCUGUCUGGAACCGCUUCAACAAGUUUGUGGCCGGUGAUGAUUCUGAGCCUGGCGAGAACGGCAUGCUUAACACACCUGGCGCUGCGGGUCCUUUCGCGCGUGUGGCUGGGGGCACGCCCACAAUCAGUCGUCCGGCAUCGCCACCAAACGCCACCGGCAUGGAGAUGUUUGGCGGUGGUGCUCAAGGCCUUCACGCCUUCGCACCUCCUGCAUCGCAGGGCCCGCCACCGCCGGUCACCCGGGCCAGCUCACGGUAUGCCCCUGGAGCACCCGCCGCGUCGAAUCCUUAUGAGCCGCAACAAGCGUAUGGUGCACGGGCUCCAUCUGCCGGGCGAUCCUCCGGGGAGUACAGCCGCAACUCUCCCGAGGCGUCGCGGAGGUCGUCGGACAUCCAGAGGUCUGCCUACUCACCAUACCAGCCAACCGGGCUACACUCACCUGCUACGAGUCAAAACGGCUUUGCUUCUACGUCCAACAACGAGUCUCCUUAUGCGCCGAAACCUUAUGGAGACUCCGGAUCGUCUCCAGCGGAAUCCGCACCUGUGCCUUCGUUUGGAUACCAGCCAUACACCCCUGACUAUUCAGCAGGGAACGGAUCUGCAUAUGGCGCGUCACCCAAGGAUGAAAAGAAGACUACCAGCGAGGAACCUGAAAUGCCAUCAUACGGAUAUCAACCGCCGCAUUACAGCUACGAACCCCCGACGAUGACGCUCAAUGAUGACGAUUUGUCAAACGACAACUCUGAACAAAAGGCCGAAGAGCCCUCGUCUACCGGAGGCUACGAGCCACCUAGCUUCCAGCCGUAUGAACCACCAGCGUACGAGCCUGAUCCAGAGAUGUCACAUGACGACGAGGGUGAAAAGGGCAACGAUUCCAAGCAUGAUUUCAAACCUUUGAGCUUCAUGGAUGAUUCUGCAUCGAUAGCAUCAACGUCGACGUCGAACAAGAAGUCCAAGGAGGAGAUUGAUAAAGAGAACCAAGAAUUGUUCCGCAAGGCGGCUGAAGAAGAUGCUAAACGAGCCGAGGCUGAGAAGGCUGCCAAGGCCAAGAAGGGCUGGCUUGGAGGCUGGUUCGGCGGCGGCUCUGCCAAGAAGGAUCUGACUGCUGAACAGCCCAAAGCCGUCAGGGCCAAAUUGGGCGAGCAAAACAGCUUUUAUUUUGACCCGGAACUCAAGCGCUGGGUCAACAAAAAGGCGGGAUCAGAUUCCGGCUCUACUCCAACAUCGACGCCGCCACCACCAAAAGGCGGACCACGUUCUGCAGCAGGGACACCACCGCCACCAGCUGCAGGCGGUGGGAUGAUGGCCCCCCCACCUCCCGGCGGAAGAUCGAGCGCGCCGCCCCGUGGGCCUUCGCUCCCAUCUUCGGCCUCCAGCUCGAACCUCGCGGCAGUGGCGGCCGCGAAUGCAUCACAAUCCUCGCUGCUGGGAACGACGCCUCCCAUGUUGCAGCGCACCGCAUCAAACGGCAGCGAGGCAGGGUUGGCACCACCCUCCCGGCCGGGCACCAGUAUGAGCAACGCCAGUAGCAUUGAUGAUCUAUUGAGUGCAGCUGGCCCCAGGAAGCCUGGCGCCAAGAAGGCCCGGAAGAGUGGACGCUACGUCGAUGUCAUGGCCAAGUAG